AUGAUAGGUGACAGACGGUUGAUAACUCUUGAGGAAGACCCAGAAGCGAUAUUCUUAGGGAAAUCACUUCUAUACCUGGAGUUGAAUGUGGUCAUAUUUCCGCGAAAGCUCAUGGGAUACAUCGGAAGAGUUACGACCGAAGGACAGAAGCUCAUCCACCGUGAAUUUUAUGACCUAUGCAAUCGGAUUCGGCAAACCCAACAGCCCCCCCAAAACCAACCAUCCCAAGCAGCGAAAGAAGCUUGUGAUCUCAAGGCCAAGGGGGCACAAAAUCGUGAAGCCACUGUCAAAAGCCCUGCCAGUCUCGAAAGUCCUGCCAGGGUCAAAAGCCCUGCUAGGGUCAAUAGUCCUUGCAAGGUCGAAAAAAGUCCUGCCAGUGUCAAAAGCCUUGGUGUAUCUUCAAGUCCGGAUACAGACUCUCCAGCUGAUAUCAACCACCCAGUGAGGGACUCCUAUAGUCCACGUCGUCGGGGAGGGCGGAGAGGCAAGACCUCAAAACACAAUGGGGGAUUGUCCACAAACCCACAGAGGCGGGAUAUUCCUGUGAAUGGUAGGCAAUACCUAAGGUCCGAAUAUCGCUGA